UCUGUAAAGUUUAUCGUAGUUUAUGAUCCGUCGUGGAGUAGGAUUUCGUGUAGAUUGCCCCUUUACGAGACAUGGAAAACCUCAGAAUUUCUAAGAAAUUUUAUGGGUUAAGGUUUUUGGCGUGUGUCAGGUUAGAAUAGGCUGCAGUGGACACCAGUUUGAUUAGAAUAGGUUCGAAACAUUUCCGAAGUAGACGUGCGUGGCAGAGAUCGAUCGACCAAGCUUUGAUACAGUUGAAUUGUUUUUUCAUUUGAUGGGGAAAUGCCUGAUUGAGGUUGUGGUUCACCAUUGACAUGACGCGGGGUUUUGCAAACAGUAAAUACCUGGUGUGAGCCCAUUCAAUUUUCUUGCUACACAGUAGAUAUCUUAUAGAUUCAGUGGCCUUGCGGUGUUAAAAUGUUGCUGCUGUUGGGCAGGUUUCGAUGACAAGAUUCUGAGAUUGUAAUGUAAGCUGAAUUAAAGUAUUCAAUGUGCAUGAAACACAAAAAACUCAAUCUCAAUCGUGGGGUUCAUCAUGGAAAUGUUAUUGUUUAGAAUUUGUGCCCAUUUUUAUAUUUGAAAACGAUGGUAGAUGCGAAAGGGCCACUGCUUAGGUGCAAGUUGCUGUUGAUAAGAAGAGACUGAUUUGCUCGUGUGAUAAUCUUGUAGAAAUGGUUGAUAGUAGACACGCAAAAUGUUUCGUUCAAUCUUGUGAAAGGAAUGCGAGAUUAUUAUUAAGAUUCCAUCAUACCACACAUGGACUUCUUGGAGGGUGUCAGACUGCUGACAUACAGUGGUAACAAGCAAGGGCAAUCUGUACGGGGGCUGUCAUUCAUUUUAAGUAUUCACGUGACUGGAUUGGCCUGUUCAUAGUUAAGAAAAGAACAAGAAGUUGUCCAUUGCUUCUAUCGGAUCAAUGAGGGAAGUCAUUCUGAAUGUUAGGCAGGUGACAUGUCAGGAAAAAACUGAUUAUGUUAGAUUAGGUUUUCUAGAUGAACCAGAGUCCCAGGAAUUUGGGAGGUUGCAAGCCAUGAAAAAAGCAGACAAGUAUUGCAUAUGCCGGUGGAUUAAGGUGGUUUUAUUAUGCUUUAGUCUGUUGGCACUUGUAGCUGCUUUUAUCAUCUGGGGAAUGCCAAUUCUAAUUGACCAGGUGAUUAUACCAGUCUUGGAUUGGGAAACAGCAACUUUUAGUGUGAAUGCACUUGUAUUUGUGCUUAUUGGGUCAAUGGGUUUGUUUCCUGUUUUUCUGCUACCAUCGGCACCUUCAAUGUGGCUGGCUGGGAUGACAUUUGGAUACAGCAUUGGAUUUCUGAUAAUAAUGGCAGGAACCAGUAUUGGCAUGUCCUUGCCUUACUUCAUUGGGUCACUCUUUCACAGCCGAAUACAUAAAUGGCUUGAAAGGUGGCCUCAAAAAUCUGCACUGAUAAGGCUAGCAGGAGAAGGAAACUGGUUCCAUCAGUUCCGAGCUGUUGCUCUUUUGAGAAUCUCACCAUUUCCUUACAUUGUUUUCAACUAUGCUAGUGUUGCAACAAAUGUGAAAUAUAGUCCAUACAUAAUCGGCUCAUUUGUUGGAACAAUUCCUGAAGUUUUUGUUACCAUCUACAGUGGCAGACUACUCUGGCAAUUAGUAGAAGCAAAAUAUGAAAAACGUCUUCUAACACCACUACAGAUUAUAUUGGAAACUGUGGGUUUGUUUGUGGCUGUAAUCACUACAGUUGUCAUCACACUAUAUGCAAAGAAAGCGUUAGUUAAUCUCCAGAUAGAGGAGGAAUUGUGUAGCAAUGAAGACGAUGAAAAUGGAAAAGAAAAUAUAACAUGUAGAUAUGAUAGAGAAAAGGAACUGCGUGGCCAUGAAGCUGAAGAUCAUGGUAUGGCGAAAGAAAAUGGAUACAGCUUGCUGCCUGAAUCUUCUGAACCAAAUGAUGAUCGAUUAUCCCCACUGAUUGGAUGUUGAUCCAUGGUGUAGCUACUUCGGUUGAUUUGGAGCAUGGAUGGUUCAGAUCAACUUUACUGUCCAUUGCUGAGAACAACUUUUCUCCAAUUUUGGCUCAUGCACAAUUCUUUUUGUUUCUCCAGAGGAUUUAUCAAUAACAAGGAGUCAAAUUGACUACAGAAGCAUAUCCUUGAAUGGAUGAAAUUUGUAACCAAUGCAUAUACUCUACCAAAAGUAGAUGUAAUAUUUUAUAUUGUAUCAUUUUGGUACCAAUCAAAAUGUAAAGAGCAAAGAAGCACAAUUGGAACUUGGAAAGUUAAUGCAGUUGGGCAUCUAAGCACAUGGUUCAGUUUUAGGUUUGGAUAAAAAUUCUGCAGAAACUACAUUUUUGAGUGUAAAUUAUGUUUAGCAUGUCUGGUAUUUUGUGUUCAAUGUGAAUAUUCAGAGUCAAAAAAACACAAAAGAACAAAAGCAUCAUUGUGCUCAAGCAAGGUUCAAUUUGGUGGAGUAAUUGAGAUGGCCAAACAUACGACAGCAUAUGGCCUAGAAUAUGACAUUCUCUAUGCACAUGACAAAUAUAAAUGAUACUAUAGUAUUUAUGAUGA